AACAGUGGACUCUGUGCAAGCCAUCAUGGUCCUGAGGCUCCUUUGUGUGUUGUGUUGCGUCGUGCUGCUGCCACGAUGGUCAGAGGCGAAGUCGCUGCUCAACGCCAUCAAACCGGAAGAUUCGGAUUCAGUGAGUAUAGAUGCGGAACAAGCUAAUGGUUUUCUUUCACGCUCUCGGCGUAACGCAGACCCGCGUUGGCACCGGCAGUAUCCUGACUUCCAGUCCUACUAUCGCUACUACAGCAGCAUCGGCCACACCGAGGGGCUGUAUGAGAUCGACCGGAUCCGAAUGCUGUAUCAGCAAAUGAGACACCUGGAGCAGGUGUACGGUCCUGACGCUGCCAAUUUCCAGAACAAGCUCGGUGUUCCGGCGUUGCCCCGAUGUGACCCGUCCAAAGACAAACACUGCAAACUGCUCCCUCCUGCUUCCUCUAUGAAAGGCCCUGCUCCCCCUCCUGUCCCUAAGCAAACCCCUGCUCCACCCCCUGCUUUUGUGAAAGGCCCCGCCCCUCUGAUUCCCUCCCAGGCUGACGUUAUUUACCUGUGCAAUGCCAAAGAUCCUCUGUGCAAGCCUCACAUUGUGUACCUGCCCUCAGGGUCAGUCCCUGUGCUCUGUGACCCCCGAUACCAUCCUAGCUGCAAGCUGCAAGGCCCACCUCCUCCUGCACCUGUCUCGGUCAAAGGCCCUGCUCCUGCACCACCUCCCGCCCCUGUAGUCCAUAAAGGAAUGGAGUAUGACUGUGACCCCUACUGGGACCCUGACUGUCUGAUCAACAACCCUCCCCGCCCCAUGAAGGGUAAAGCUCUGCCUCCUCCACCUGAGCCUGAGCCUGAUCCUGAAGAGGAAGACGAGGAGGAGGAUUACGACACACCAGCACCACCUGCUCCCAUUGUUAAAAAAACCGCCUACCCAUACUACGGUUCUCCUUAUCCAUAUGACGUCCACUCAGAGCUUUACAACCCCUCUCGCUUUACUUACCCUUCCACCAACACCAAAUAAAUUGGCAUAUAAUCACAGGGUAGAUAUGAUACUUGGGUAUAACUAUUCAUACACAAAAAGGGUGCUAUAUCCCGAGUUUUUUUUCUCUAGCAUAACAUGAUAAAUCAUCUAUGUUGCCGCUAGGCAUCAAUAGACGUUGUUCCCCUCAACUUCUGCCAUUGUAACUUUUUACAGGUCCUUGUGAUGUACAUGCAUUUGCCUUUAAGCUGCACCAAAGUGGACACCUCUUUCCUGUGUCACUGCCACGUGGUUGCGCUGCAAGUAUAACCCAGGCCUUAGACCAUUACAACAAAAACACAACACUAAAGCUCCGAAAUCGACACCGUUUGCCAUCUUGACACAAGAUAUUUGUUUGAUGUACAUGAUACACACCCAUGUAAAAAUAAACCUACUUAAAACAAA